UAUUUGGUAGAGAGCUUCAUUUCUCUGGCUCUCUCUGUCUUCACUGAAUUCUCCGAAGCUUCUCUCUUUUAACCCCCUUUUUUCCAAUCCCUUUUCUUAAUCGAUAAUACUACUGUAUUACGUAAUUUUCUUGAAUCUAAGCUCAGUGUGUGUCCUUAACCGAGUGGGUUUUGCGGUGGAGUUUUGUGUGAGAGAGAGACCUUUUUUGACGCGAAUUCGGGAAUUAUUUUAGCGAGAGAAAUGGAGUCCGAUUCGUGGUCUCGGAUUUCGAAUUAUUCUAGGCGUUAUCGAUCUCGAUCAGAUGUAUAUCAUGGAGAAGAGUUUGAAGGAGAAGAAGAGCAUAAGUCUGAGUUUCUCUGCCCAUUUUGCAGUGAGGAUUUUGAUGUGGUAGGGCUUUGUUGCCAUAUUGACGAGGAUCAUGCCGUCGAAGCUAAGAAUGGGGUAUGUCCCAUUUGUGCGAAAAGGGUCGGAUCAGAUUUGGUUCACCAUCUCACCAUGCAGCACGCGAGUCUAUUAAAGGUGCAGCGAAGAAGAAGACUGCGAAAAGGUGUAUCAAAUUUCCCACUGUCCAUCUUCAAAAGAGAGUUGAGGGAUGGAGGAAGCCUACACUCCCUUCUCGCUGGAUCUUCAAUUCCAGUUUCUUCCUCACACGUAGAACCUGACCCGCUGCUUACGUCGUUCAUAUACAAUCCACCCGAUGCUGAUGAGUCCUCGAGUGUCCAGCCCCUGUCAUCAGUCGUGGAGUGCACAAUGGACGAUAGCCUCGCAGGGGAUUCACGUGACAGGGUGGCGCAAAAAUGCCCAUUGUCGGAUGAGGAUCUGAGGGAGAAGACCCGAAGGUGCGAAUUCGUGCAAGGCCUUGUGAUGUCUACUUUUCUUGAUGAAUUAUGAGCAAAUGAGAGAAUAUGGGAAAAGGGGGGUUGAAAUGGAGACCUAUUUUCGGAGAGAGAAGUGAGGAAACAGCUUGAGUGAGGAAAUAGAGCUAAGUUGGUUUAUUUCUACUUAGUAUGUGAUGUAUCAUGUAUGUGACAAGAUAUUUAUGUGCAGAAUAAAGCUAAGAAUCUACCACUUAGUAUGUAA